UUUUUUCUGCCAUUCUCGCCGCAGAAAAUGGCUUUUUUUUUUUUUCUAAGUCCAGACUAGAAUAUUGAUUUGAUUGAGAACGAACGAGGAAUGAGAAAAAAGGAUGGUAUACUUCGCGUAAAAAGAGUCAUCAUGCUCUAAUUAAUCAAUUAAUUACCUUUAAUUAAGAUAGUGUGCUUAAUAAGGUCAGAGAGAUGGAAACGAGAAUUGUUGAGUAGAUUCAAAUGUUAGAAUAAUAAAAUGUUAGACUAAUAGAUGGCAAUGCAGAUGAUGGGGCAAGAGAUGAUUGGUAAAAAUGAGGCUAGUGAUUUGGGUGUGUGUGUAGGACCGAUUAAAAAGCGCCAUCCCGUUUGUCAAAAGGGUAAGCGGAUAGCGAUGGCUUCGUUCAUAAAGGAUGAACGAUUACAAAAUUCCUUUCACUUGAUUGACAUUCGACUCUUUUCUUCAUGCUUGAACCUCGGCGAUCCUCCUGCAUAUGCGGUAUUGAUGUGUUGCUUUAACAUUCUGACCAUUGUUGAUAACGAGCUUCUGAAUCUUAAGCUUGACGUGUAUGCCGCCUGGGACCAUGAAACAGAGGAAUGUGAUAUUGUCACUUUUCUCCGAAGUUUGAUCGGUUUCUCUUCAAGCAGGAUCCAGUAUUAUUAUCGAUUAUCUCCUUGAAUGAUGAUUGCUUGAUCGGAUGUUCCUCUGAUGUGACCUGGAAUGGCUUGUCGGGCCCCAACACA